UUAUAUAGGGUUUUAGAUGUAGAGCAACAGACAGAAACCCUAACCCAGCACCUAACAAUGGCUGUGCUGAGCGCGAAGCAGGUGCUUCAACAGAGCAACACCGGUGACCCCAACUCCAUUUCCAAUCUAUCCCUCACCCACAAGGCUCUCUCCGACGUAUCGUGCUUGGUUGAGUUCGAAAAUAUACAAAGACUGGACCUUAGCUUCAACAAUCUGAUUUCCAUUGAGGGAUUGAAGUCAUGCGUGAACUUGAAGUGGUUAUCAGUAGCCCAGAACAAACUUCAGAGUUUGAAAGGAAUUGAAAGCUUCAGUAAACUAACUGUAUUAAAUGCCUCAAAAAACAAGCUCAAAUCAAUGGAUGAGCUUAGUUCUCUUGUAAGUUUGGGUGCAUUGAUCUUGAAUGAUAAUGAGAUUACUUCUAUUUGUAAACUUGAUCAAAUGAAAGACUUGAAUACUCUAGUUCUUUCUAGGAAUCCAAUACGAGGAAUUGGCCUGUUUCUUGCCAAAAAAAAUUCACUUUCAAAAUUAUCUCUUUCUAACUGCCAGCUAGAAUGUAUUGACUCUUCACUCAAAUCAUGCACAGAGUUAAAAGAACUGCGACUUUCUCAUAAUGAGAUUAAGACACUCCCAAGUGAGUUGGCUUGUAAUACAAAAUUGCUGAACUUAGACAUAGGAAACAAUGAAAUCAUGAGGUGGUCAGAUCUUAAGGUUCUGUCUUCACUAGUUAACCUAAAAAAUUUAAAUCUGCUUGGGAACCCUAUUGCUGAAAAGGAGGGUCUGGCAAAAAAGAUUAAAAAACUAGUGCCAACUGUGGUGACUUUUAAUGCUAAACCGAUUGACAAGAUCUUGAACGAGGGUGUUCAUCCUGACAGCAUUGGUGAUUGGGAUGGGAAAGAAUCAAAGCCUAAAAAGCAGAAGAGAAGUGAAACACAGGAGGAGGAAACAUUGAAUCAUAAAGAUAAUAUUGCUUUAUUCAAUGAGAAAUCAAAGAAGAAAUUGAAGUUGAACAAGAAUAUUGCUGAUAAAGUGGAAGUUAUAUCCCAAGAUCCUGAUGUGACAAAGGAAUCAAAGCAAAAGAACAAGAAAAAGAAUGAAAAUGCCAAGGAGAAAACUUCUGAUCGUGAGAUGCAGCAGUUGGAGAAUAAAAAGCAUACCAACAAUGACAUUGAAGCUCUGUCUGAUACUAGGAAGGAAUCAAAGCAGAAAAAACCAAAAAAGAGUGAACUUGUAACCGAGAAAACUUCAAAUCAGAAAGUAGGCGUUGCCAAGAUUGAGAAGGAACUAGGUAAAGAACAGAAGGAGGCUAAACAAAGUAAAAAUGCCGUGAUCGAUGAUGGAGAGACUCCUUUCAUGGAUCUUUUUAUGGCUGACAUGUCAGCUAAUUCCAUAAGCAGUGGUAUGAUGGAAACAGAUCAGGGAGCCAUUCAUACUGUUGAUGAAAUUGCAGGAGUAGUUACUUUCAAUAAAAAGAAAAAGAAGAAUAAGAAACAAAACAUUGAUCCCGGAGCUCUGCAAUUAUCAACAGCAGCUGAUGAAGUUGGUUUGGGUGGACCAUCAACGUGGGAUGCUUAAAAAUAUUCUGGUUUGCUUAUUUGGCCUUUGGGUACUCUAUUUUAAGCCCUUUCAACCCAUUUUGGGUAGUUCAAAGGGAGGCGAUUUGCAUGAGAUAUUAGCCUCAUGGUUCAAGCGUAUAGCUUUUGUGUCCCUGAUGCCUAUCAUGAGUGCUUGAAUGAGAGGGUGGACUCUGAAACUAUCGUCACUGAGACUCUGAGAGUAAGACCAUUAUAAGUUUGCAAUUCCUAUUUUCUCAGCAAGUUUGAAUUUCAUAGUGAUGAAUUUUUUGAAGAUAGCAUUUGAUUAGCAAAACUUUGCAUCGACUGUCUGUGUUAUGCUAAACACUAUACAUACUACUCCAUGGUCAACAACUCGUGUGAUUGAACGAAUGGAGUUUAAAAGAGGAAUUUGAGAAAUAAAGUUGGUAUUUAGUAUUUGUGGCUUAAUUAAUGAAAACUGUCCUAAAUUUGAGAAAUAAAGUUGGUAUUUAG